UAUAGAUCUAUGCUGAACCUUAUGAAGGAGUCUGUGUGGAAUGCCCCAGACUUCUGCCUCCUGCAGACAUCAGACAAGCAGGGUACAAACAAGUUUUCUAUCAUUAGUUCCUGUUCUGACUUUUACAUGUCUUGUGAAGGACCUAAAGUGCUGGGUGUUUAGGGAGUUUUAGAGCAUACAGGCCUAGUUAUGGCCUUGACCUUUGAGAGCCAAUCCCUUUCCUUCCCAACUACAGUUUCUUUUCAUUCAGUUUUGUCCCCCCCACCCUUGCUCAUUUAAGGUAUGACUUAGGAAAAGGAAACCGAAACAGAAAAUAGUUCUGGUUUCUGGAGACUCCGCCUCUUCACAGCCACAGCUCCUACUUAAAAGAGUUGACCCAGUCUAUGACUGUGAGAGCAAGCAUCUAGCAGCUGAGAGAAGCAGACUUCUUAGUUCCAGGGGACCUAGUGCUAACUAAAGCCUACAGCCAUGGCCUGGAACCUAAAGGUGAAGAUGCUGGGGGGUGAUGAGUUCCUGGUGUCUCUGACUAACUCCAUGAUGCUGUCAGAACUGAAGAAGCAGAUUGCCCAGAAGACUGAUGUGCCAGCUUUCCAGCAGCGCCUGGCCCACCUAGGUGGUGAAGUGCUACAGGACGGUGUUACCCUUUCCAGGCUGGGUCUGGGUCCUGACAGCACAGUCAUGCUAAUGGUACAGAACUGCAUCGAUCCUCUGAACAUCCUGGUGAGGAAUGCAAGGGGCCAUAGCAAUAUCUAUGAGGUCCGGCUGACACAGACUGUAGAAGUGCUUAAGAGGCAGGUGUCCCAGCAGGAGCAAGUCCAUGAAGACCAGUUCUGGCUGAGCUUCGAGGGAAGGCCCAUGGAGGACAAAGAGCCACUGGGGGAGUAUGGCCUAAAGCCCCAGUGCACAGUCAUCAUGAAUUUGCGCCUGAGAGGGGGAGGGGACUACUAUGCCUAAGGCCCCUAUCCACAGCCAGUGUUGAUUAUAAAAGAUGAUGCAAUAAAAAGUUCUGCCUCCUGUU